AUAAACUUUCCAAUGAUCAUACAUCACAACAGCAAAAAACGACAACGUAUCAAAGUACACAGCAAAGCGAAUUGCGACCCUAUCAGAUACAGGAGGAGGAGAAAUCGAGUGAUGUCAUGGUGGUUCCCAUAUUUCUCUUGAUAUUUUGUGUAGCGGUAGAUGGUCAAAACACAACAAUGAAUGCCACAGACUUCGGACCGUCUACUCCACAAAGCUCACAGGGCGGAAAUGAUACAGUUUUUGAGCCCAAUUCUACAAUGGCUGACCAUCCACUUGGUUCCUCUCGAUCGGAUAACAAUUGCAGUAUUUUUAUCGAUAAGACCAGUGAGGAUUUGGAGCAAGCAUUAGUGGUUGGUUCCAAUAUGCUGUUCAUGAUAUUUUCCUUCAGGAAUGAUAGCCGAACAAUCCCCAUUUCUGUGGAUACCCCUCAGCCCCUUACUUGGGUCCAUGUGUCAGGAAACCAUGGGAAGGGUCUUUUUUGGCUCAGACAGGACUUUGAGAUGUUAUCUUUGACGAGUCUAAGCUAUGGUGUUGACAAUUUAGAAAUAUACAUGUCUGACAGUCCAGAAGGAUGUCUAAGUACGACACCAGCAUCAGAAAUUGCACAGGAUGUGAAAGAUCUCGUUCUUAACAACCUCGCCAGUGAUCCUAUGACAAACAUCUCCUGGAUCGGAAGUGAAAUUUGCAAUGCCAGGUUCAGAUUCAGGGAACACGAAACUGGCACUGAAGUAUACUUUGUGUGUUGCAAAAAGGAUGCAUUUUUCAAGACCACCUGCUACGAACUCAAACGCAACAAAUGGAUGAACGUAUUAUUACUAUGCAUUCUCGUGUUACCAUUUAUUGCUCUUAUGUUUGCCCCGUUAUUGAUACCCGUUGAUCUAUUCCAGGACGGUAAAGCUGACGUAUUUUUUCAACACAAGGUCAGCUCUCAAUUUCAAAUCCGUGUUACUAAACAAUCUAGUCCUGAUCGUACAUCAAAACCACCUCUAGAAAUAUCAAAAACGUAUUUCAAAGAUAUGCCAAGAUUCUGUAGUACUAUAGCAACACUAAAUGAUAAUCUCACAUACGACUGCACUCUGGAAAAGAUAUCUUUUUACGUUGACAGAGACAAUUUAAUCGGGAAGGACACCGAUCCUUUUGGGCCAUUAACAAUGUUAUACACUUUGCUAAGCCGGUACGAGCUGAGAAGACAUUCAUUUGGUGAGGGAAAUUCUUUUCGAGAGUAUAUGACUAUACUUUACGGGAAGAUUUUGAAUACAGGGUAUUUAUUACUAAUAAUCACAUUAGUUAAUAUUCCAAUCAUUGUAAAAUUAAUCUUUUUCAUUAUUCAAGUAAUUCCAGCUUGGUAUAUCACUAACAGCCUGGAAAACCUAGACCUAAAUUCUAACCUUAUACAAUACAGUAGUUUCGGAGUCAGCAUUAUUCCACGCUUGGAGCUGUAUCUUAUAUACCUCGUUCUUAUUGGUCUUUUUGUGCUCGUGCAAUUUUUCAAGAUCCGAGGAACACAUAGAGUAGAUAUUGUAAUUGAAAUUCUAAAACAGUGCCUGCGGGAUUCUCGUAAAAGACGAAUCAAAUUAGCGUUUCAGACGUUAUAUAAAGCGUGUCGUUUUUCCAUCAUUCAGUGCAUUAUGAAAGGAUGGCAUCGUGCUUUUGUGUAUCUCGUACUGUUUCUACCUUUUGUCGUUUUUAAUUUUGUCUUUUAUCUGUUGCCCACAGUAAAUCUGGUGUGCUCUAUUCCUAUCUACCUCUUCUUUUAUGUUCUUUCCAACAAGUGCGGAUGUCUAUCGAGAAGUCGAUGCGUACGAGCGAUAGCUAAAUGCGUAUCAGAUUGGCUAGGGCUCAAUCCAAUUUUUCUAAACCAGACCGAUGGUGAAGAUGUUGAUGACAGUGACAGUGUCAGACAUAAGCCGUGUUCACCAGCCGACACGUUCAUCAUACUCAUUCUGGUGUUUUCGUUGCCUGUGCUUAUCUUUGUGGUACUGGAUUCUUUGUCAUUCUAUAUUGAUAUAAUCAUCUAUGUUCUGAUCGGUCUGCUUCUUAAUGCAUCAGUGACAACCACAUACGUAAUUUUAUCGCUCAUGCUAGUCUUUUAUAUAAGAGACUUGUUCGAUAAUGUGACAAAUCGAUACGUUAAGUUUAAUAACACUAUUAUAGGCGAUGCGAUGACGAAAACAAGAGAAGAUGUUCUCAAAGUAUCAUUACUUAAUGAAAAUCUUCAGAAAAAUACAGCUUUUCAGUUGAUUAACGAAACACCUCUAGGCGAGCCUGAUGCACAAAAAGAGAGCAACUCGCCCAUUGACAACUUCAAGCUAUCCCACGAGGCAGGGGUUCUACUGUGGAGGACAAAACGACUGAUCUUCUUUCUCGACAGGAAAGAUACACCAUACAUACCAAAGAAAUUUUUCACGGAAACGUGUGUCAUGGACUGUGUCGGAACCCCGGGACCACUUGGAGAAAACCUCUGGGCUGUCACCAUCGAUAUAUUGCGGAUUUUUGUAUUCUUAUUUUUCAUCCUGUUAGUUGCUUUGGCGUUCAGCGAGGAGACUGAAUCUCCGGGCACUAAUCAAACACUCACAGUUAUAGCGGGGGGUCUGGUUCCCUGGUUAUUGAGGAAGGUUUUGCAGGUUCCAACCGAAAAAGGUGUUGACGUUGAAAAUCUCCAUUUUCGUGAGGUUUUCAACAAUGCCAUCAGAAAGUAUGAAGAAACAUGGACUGUAGCAGACAUUGACAUUGCAAGCGUCAAGGUAUCUGAGGACCAAACGCUAAAUGAGAUGGAGGUUAUAAGAAGUGAGGAUCGGGAUAUGACACACGAUAGCCAUGAGAUGCCCGAAUGUUUAAAACCUAGCUCUACAAGUCGUGAACUUAGUAUUGAGGCAAUAGAAAAUGUACCAAGUAGCAGUAGAUCUCCAAAAGCAGAUUCACUCGAACAUAAAGAAGAACGAACUACUGGACAAAGCUCGUUCAAACAUGACCAUUUAGUUGUUCUGGUCAACAAGAAGUCAACAAGAUCCCAGGUAGUUUAGAGGUUAUUAUUUAUCCUACGUCAAGGAAAUACAAUGGGGUAUAUCUGUUACCUGUAAAUAUAGAUGAUACAUUCCCCUGUAUCCUUAUUAGUUGUAUCACGUGAAGGUUGAGUUGACGAUUUUUGAUGUUUACCUUAUGUUACCACUUUAACAUUAACAGCAGGUCAAUACUCUCUCCCAUAACGUCAUUUGUAACGUCACAAUGCUUUUCUCCUGGUAAUUUCAUAAGUUCCAAAUAUACAGUUACUGAAUUGCAAUGUUCGAGUACGUCUGGCGAUAUUUCUAUAUUCGUGUUUAUCAUCGUGCCGGUAAUACCGUUGAUAUGACAGAGAGGUGAACACUCCGACUUUCUACACAGACGGCCAAAUUUUCAGUCUCUUAAAGUCGUCAUAUCAUAGAUAAUAAAGGAGAAAGUGGUUCUUUUCCUACUCUCACGACUCAUCAACCCGUGUGGAUUAUAAAAUGGGCUGAGCUGGGUAUUACAGUAUCUGUGCUGUAUCAUUCAGGGAAAGUGGCACUAUAAAAAACAUACCAUCACGUUCACGUAUACACAUACGUUGAUAAAUAAGCAAGGUGACAGAUGAGCUAUCAUUUUAGCCUGUGAAGGCAGCUCCUGUGGGUUCCUAUAAAAUAUGUACUUAUUCGGGGGGUCAGCCCCACCAUUUGUACAAUUUUGAAACCCUGCCUCCCAUGAAUGC